AUGCCGAAGAAGGAGAGUACUAUCAUAGUGGAAGACGACGAGACCGUCAAUAGAGUCGCAGUGCGCACCCCACCUUUCUGGCCAGAAGAUCCGGAACUUUGGUUUGCACAGCUGGAAGGGCAGUUCACACUAGGCGCCAUCACCGACGAUGACGUCAGAUAUGGCUACGUUUUGUCAAAAUUAGAGCCACGGCAAGCGAGGGAAAUCAAAGACGUAAUCACCAAUCUCCCCAGCAACAAAUAUUCAGCUAUAAAGCACGCGCUGAUUCAACGACUGACAGAUUCGCAAGAGCAGCGGAUCAGGCAGCUUCUGGAAAAAGAGGAGCUUGGAGAUAGAAAGCCUUCGCAGUUUCUCCGACACCUAUCAACGCUGGCAGGAACGACAGUCUCCGACGACUUAUUAUGGACACUCUGUCUAGGACGUCUUCCGCCGCAGACCCAGGCAAUCCUCGCAACGAGAAAAGGCGACAAGCUGCAAGACGUGGCAGAACAGGCAGACCACAUCCAUGAGAUCGACAGUAGAGCUCUCGUUCUUGCCACAGAUCAUAGGCCAGCAGCAGCAGCAGCAGCAACCAGCAGCCAGAAUACACUGACUACGCAGAUGGAAGCGCUCACCCUGCAGGUGGCAACUCUCACCGAACGGCUUACAAACAUGGCCAAAGAGCUGCGGAGAGGACGCAGCCGAGCACGAAGUCGGUCACGAGGCAAACCUCGCAGUAGAACACCAGCCAAAGAGGGACUUUGUUACUAUCAUCGACGAUUCGGCGCAGAAGCUCACCGAUGUGCUCAGCCAUACCGGAACACAAGGACAAAGUACUUGGUGGACACCGGCUCAGACGUCAGCGUCUAUCCACAAACAACAGUAAACGGCAAGAGACGACCAGAGGCGUACGAACUCUUCGCGGCGAACGGCACACCUAUCAUCACAUACGGCUUCAUCACUAUCAAGCCUGAUUUUAAUUUAAGGAGAGCGUUCCCGGAGAUUCGUAGUAGCAGACGUGGGACAGCCAAUAAUCGGAGCACUUCCUGGCACAUUACGAUCUCCUUCCGGACAUGA